CGCAUUGGUUUCGAGAACCUUCUCGAUCCCUCUCGCUCGCUCGAUCGCCGCCUCCGCCUCCGCCUCCCGCUCCGACCGCCUACGGCUCGCCGCCGCUGACAUUCGGGUUUGGUAAGCCAUGUUCAAGAAACAUGUUGAUGUUAAAGCUCUACAGCGUUUGUCAGGGGCUGACAAAAAGAAGCUGAGAAGGACUGCCAAGGAAAGGUUCCCACAAGCAUCUGAUGCUGAUCUUGAUGCCAUCCUUCCUCCCAAGGUGGAGGUAACAGUUGCUAAGUACCCAAAUAGGGUUCUUGUAUAUGGCAUAGAGGGAGAGUUCCCAAUGCUUUUUGAUGUUGAUGGAAGAGGCCAUGAGCUGUUUCCAACAGUUUAUGCACUCUGGAAGGUUCCCGAUCUGUUGCCUGCUUUUACGCUUAAGGGUGGUGAAGUCUCACGCUUCAUACUCGGGGGUGCUGAUCUGAUGUUUCCUGGUAUUAGCAUACCCCCAGAAGGGCUUCCUUCCUUUCAAGCUGGCCAGCCAUGGUCAGUAAAGGUUCCUGGUAAUCCUGCUCCAAUUGCUGUUGGGGCCACAACUAUAAGCAGUAAUGAAGCCUUACAGGCAGGGUUACGUGGCAAGGCUUUGCGGAUUGUACAUUACUUUAAGGAUUCAUUAUGGGAUUCUGCUGAUGGUCGCUAUGUUCCAAAUGAAGGAUUUUAUGAUGACAUCGUUAUUGAAGAUCCUAAUUAUGCUUCGCUGUCUCAACCUUCUGGUUCUUCUGAAGAUCAUGCAGAAGGAAUACAUGACAGUACCAUUGAAAGUGAAGAAGCUGCAGUUGAUGUUUCUGAGAGUCAUACCACAGAUCACCCCAUCCACGCUGAGGCCAUAGAAGAUUUAACUGCUGGUGUGAAUGAGGUGAAAUUGUCUGAAGACAGAGCUACUGAGGAACCAACCGAGGAAAGGGAACAUCAGAAUAUGUCUACUGAAGAAAUUGACUCACUUUUAGACAAAUGUCUUCUGCAAGCUUUACACAUGAGCAUAAAAGAUAAAGACCUUCCUAUUCCAGGAAGUACAUUGUGGUCAAAUCACGUACUCCCCUGCAGACCUCCAGGUGUUACUCUGGAUAUUAAGAAGUCAUCACACAAAAAGUUAUCCAAGUGGUUGCAGUCAAAAUCUGCUGCAGGCCUUAUUUCAGCAAAAGAGGACAAGUAUAAAAAGGAGGUCAUGUUGCUUGGUAUCAAUCGUGGGCAUCCAGAUUACAUGGCUUUUAAACCAGAAAAGAAGGUACAGGAACCUGUUGAACAGCGUGAAAAUGUUGUUGCCGAAGGAAGCAGCACAAAGCAACUGGAAGUAGCAGAAAUUUACAAGCCAAGCUCUCAUGUUAACCCCAUAUUUAUGGCUGUUGGAGCUGACACGGGCAAGUAUUAUAGUGCAUCAGAAGCAUCUGACGUAGCCUUCAGGUAUGUUGAAAAGGAAAUUUUGGUUAAACCGACAGACAAGGCCAAAGUAAUUUUGGAUGCCGCAUUAUGUGAUGCUCUGUACAAAGGAGCCAUUAAAAAGGGUUCAGCAUACCCAACUGAGAUCCACAAGAGAGACCUGGGGUCAACGUUUUUAAACCGAAUGCAAAUUCACCAUAGAGUAGCAAGAGAGAAUGAGGUGGUCAUUCGCAAGGGCGCCAUACGGACUAUUCAGAUCAUGACAGAAAGAAGGCAAGGAAACAAGAAGAUGACCCGGCUAUCUGGAUUGGAAUGCUUUUUAAUGGACGCCGACUCAUUAGCUUCCGAGCUACAAAAGAAAUUUGCUUGCAGCACUACCACAGCUGAGCUUCCAGGUAAGAAGGGGCAGCACGAAGUCUUGGUUCAAGGCGGAGUCAUCGAUGACCUUGCGAAGCACCUUGUUGAUCAUUACGGAGUUCCAAAGAGAUUUAUUGAGGUUCUUGACAAAACAAAGCGUUAGAACGGGAGCAGAUUCAAAUGUGGGACGAGAUGGAAGUUACUGUUUGGUCUCUCCCUUCAGGACAACACAUGAAGAGAUUGAUGCAGAUAUUGAUGCAGGGUUGCAGACAAAAACGCAUAACGAUCCUACCCCAGGAUUGUAUUUUUGUGAACUUGCAUUCUACCUCUUUUUAUUACAUCUGGCUAGGAUGUGUCCGCAGAAGAAUCACUGAGCGGUAGUUUAUCAGAAAUUUUAGUGGACAGGUGGCUGCUUUUUUUUUUCUUUUUUGUCCCGUAAUCAUAUGCUGUCCUGGAAAGGCACCUUGUGUGGUUCGAUAUGCUCGUUAGUGACACGAAGGGUUUCAAGGCGGUUAGAUUUCGAAUGAA